AUGAGAACGUCGACCACUCCGCUCAUAUACCCCUUGAGAGCCAACAACCCCAGUUUAGGCAUGCACAUGUCGCUCAACCCAUGUGGGAGACACAUGAAGUACCCUGAGAUCACACUCUGGCCAACUUUGAGCCUUACCUUGGAUAUGCCACUGAGGGGCAAGCAUUUGGUAGCAUACCCCAGCCAAACACCUCGGGGGGCCCUCAGUAUCGCCCACAACCACAACUUCAACCCUUACAUUUUUUCGGUGGGAAGAUUGCCUCCUGCCAUAGUGGAAAGGGAAAAAUUUGAUCACAUAGAAGAAAGGUUGAGGGCCAUUGAAGGAAGUGGAGACUACCCUUUUGCCAACAUGGCGGAAUUGUGCCUAGUGCCCGACGUCAUCAUUCCUCUGAAGUUCAAAGUGCUAGACUUUGACAAAUACAAGGGGACUACUUGCCCCAAUAACCACCUGAAAAUGUACUGCCGGAAGAUGGGGGCGUACACGAAGGACGAGAAACUCUUGAUGCAUUUUUUUCAAGAGAGUUUGGCUGGGGCAGCUAUCACUUGGUACACUAAUAUGGAAUCUUCCUGGAUUCACUCCUAG